AUGUCCGAAUACACUGGAGAUUCCAACUACAGCUUUACAGACGCAGUAUGCAGCCAUCAGGCCGUUCCCACCCUAUACAUCCGACUUACUCCCGAGGUAGCUACCGCGAACGACGCAUUAAGAAUUCAUUGUAG